AUGGCGCGUGGGGUGGACGGGCGCAUGGGGCGCGCUGUGGAGCGACGGAUCGAUGUCGGGUGGCAGCGCGCGGGACGCGCACUCCCGCCGGGAUGGGGCGAGGCGCCCGACUUUCGCCAAGCUAUUUAUAGCAUUCAAGCCGCUGACCUAUUUCGCUGCAGCGCCGCCGAGGAAGGUCACGGAUUCAGCGUGCUCUGUGCCGGCGCCAUUGUCUUCUCAACCGAGAUGCAGCGCUAA